CCGUGCGCGCGCCGCCGCCUCUUCCGCGUUCAGUGACGGAAGUGCUCUGAUCCGGACGGACCCAAACACACUCGCUUAUUCAUUCAAUCAUUCAAUCUUUCGUUCACCGGAGGGAAAUAAAGCCGAUAUGUCUUACGAGCUGAAGCGCGUGUUUGCCAGCCUGCCCCACAUGGAAAGGGGCGUGGCCAAAGUCCUGGGCGGAGACCCCAAGGGGAACAACUUCCUGUACACCAACGGCAAGAGUGUGAUCAUCAGGGACAUCGAGAACCCUGCGAUCGCAGACGUCUACACCGAACACCCGCAUCCGGUGAUCGUGGCGAAAUACUCUCCCAGCGGAUUCUACAUCGCGUCCGGCGACGUGUCGGGGAAAAUCCGCAUCUGGGACACGACGCAGAAGGAGCAUCUGCUGAAGUACGAGUACCAGCCGUUCGGAGGGAAGAUCAAGGACAUCGCCUGGACCGAAGACAGCAAGAGAGUGGCCGUGGUGGGGGAGGGGCGAGAGAAGUUCGGCGCGGUGUUCCUGUGGGAUUCGGGCUCGUCUGUCGGAGAGAUCGUGGGUCACAGUAAGAUCAUCAACAGCGUUGACAUUAAACAGACGAGGCCGUAUCGUUUGGUCACGGGCAGCGACGACAACUGCACCACCUUCCUCGAGGGCCCGCCCUUCAAGUUCAAGUGCACCAUGAGCGAUCACAGUCGCUUCGUGAACUGUGUGCGCUUCUCUCCUGACGGGAACCGCUACGCCUCGGCUGGUGCCGACGGACAGAUUUUCCUGUACGAUGGGAAGAGCGGAGAGAAGCUGGGAACUCUGGGAGGAGAGAAGGCUCACGACGGGGGCAUUUACGCUGUGAGCUGGAGUCCCGACAGCACGCAGCUGAUCUCCGCAUCGGGGGACAAGACGGUGAAGCUGUGGGACGUGGCCACCGGGACAGGGGUCACGACCUUUAACCUGGGCUCAGAUGUGCUGGACCAGCAGCUGGGCUGCUUGUGGCAGAAGAACCACCUGCUCAGUGUCUCUCUGUCAGGAUUCAUCAACUACCUGGACAAGAACAGCCCGGACCGGCCCCUGCGCACCAUCAAGGGUCACACCAAAUCCAUCCAGUGUCUGACGGUUCAUAAAGCGGACGGCCGGCUGAACAUCUACUCCGGCAGUCAUGAUGGACACAUUAAUUACUGGGACUCUGAGACCGGAGAGAACGAGCAGUUCCUGGGGAAGGGCCACUCUAACCUGGUGUCGAAGAUGGCGGUGGACGACGCGGGUCGCCUGGUGUCCAGCAGUAUGGACGACACCGUCCGCUACACCGACCUGAGCAAGAGAGAGUACAGUGGGUCUGAUAUGAUCAAAAUGGACAUGCAGCCGAAGUGUGUGAGUGUCGGUCCAGGAGGCCUCGCCGUCACUGUGUGUAUUGGACAGCUGGUCCUGCUGAAGGAUAAGAAGAAGCUCUUCACGCUGGACUCUCUGGACUACGAGCCUGAAGCUGUUGCCGUUCACCCAGGGGGCGGAGCCGUGGCUGUGGGCGGAGCCGACGGGAAGGUGCACCUGUACUCUGUCCAGGGAAACACCCUGAAGCAUGAUGGGAAGGUGCUGGAGGUCCAGGGGCCCGUGACGGACAUGAGCUACUCGAAGGACGGGGCGUUCCUGGCCGUGACGGACGAGAAGAAGGUCGUCACUGUCUUCACCGUCGCGGACGGAUACACGGAGAAGAGCGAGUUCUACGGCCACCAUGCGAAGGUGGUGUGUGUGUCCUGGUCCCCUGAUAACGAGCACUUGGCCACGGGCGGGAUGGACAUGAUGGUGUACGUGUGGACCGUCAGCGACCCCGACAAGAGGAUCAAGCUGCCAGACACCCAUCGGCUGCAUCACGUCAGUGGUCUGGCCUGGCUGAACGCCAACACACUCGUCACGACGUCUCACGACGCCUGCAUCAAACAGUGGACUCUGAAAAUCUGAGACCAACAGCAACACACUCUCGCUCUCGCUGUCUUCUGUCGCUCUUCCUCUUUUCCUCGUCUGUUCAUCACCGCUGCGCUUGCUCUCGCGUCUCCGGCGGGUCCGUGCGGAAGCGCAUUCACACCACGUCUGGGAACAACAGCUGGAAUUGGGGUUAGAAAGUUGAAAUUGUAAAAUACUUAUAGUAAAAUAUAACAAAAUAUUAUGUAGAAAUUGACAUGUCGAGAUUAUUUCAUACUAAGAUGGAAUCGCUAUCAAGUCGAAAAUCGCUUAAAGUCAUAAUUAUAUUUAUACAAUUUUUACCUAUGUUGGAAUUAAGUCAUAAUUAUGACAUUUGUCAAUUUUGACUUGUUGAAAUAUAAUAUACUUAAUUGAAAUUGUGUAGAAAUAGACAGCUGAAAUUGACUUGAGUCAUAAUAAUUAUGUCACUUUCAUCUUUGUCAAUGUCAACUUUGUCAAUUUCGAUUUAAAGUGAAUUACGUUUUUGUCAAUUUCUACACUUGUUAUAUCAUAUUUCAACGUGGUCAUAAUUAUGACUUUUAAAUCAAAAUCGACAUACCAAGUCGAAAUUGAAAGUUGGCAUACUAGGUAGAAAUUUUCACUGAAAUAAAAUAAACAGUCAAACCUGACUUCAUAAUUAUAACCAUGUCUAAGUUGACGAAAUCUAUAUUGUCGAAAGUGACCAAGUCAUAUUAUGACUAUCAGAAUUAUGACAAUUGAAAUUGAUUGGAAAUGCUGAAACAGACUGGUCUAAAUUGACACCUAGCGGAAAUGUACAAACUAAAUCAAGUUAAAGUGCUGAAUAAUAAAGUCAUAAUUAUGACAUUUUUGUCUGAGUUGUAAUGUCAUAAUUCUGAUUCUGGUGUGGUGUAAACGGGCUUCCGUGAGAGAUCAGCAACAGAACAGACAUCAAACACUUGACCUUCCAGAACUAAACAUGUGACCAGAGUCUGUGUCAUGUGACAUUCCAGAGGCAGGGGUCAGAGUUCACGAGGUGCGCCUGAACCCUGAUGUGGGCUGAGAAGAGAACGUUAGGGAGCAAUAAUCAAACCAAUUGCAGAUCGUGUGUGUGUGUGUGUGUGUGAGGUGUGAGAGUGUGUGUGAGUGAGAGAGAGACAGUACAUCGCUCUCUUCUAACCCUCCCAUGAUGUUUAUUUACUGUUUUUGUUGGAUGUCUCUGGUUCAUUUUUCAUUGGGUGGAUGUGGUUCAUAAUUAUAUUAAUAAUGAUAAUAAAACACUUUUUAUGCAA